UUUUCCUUGAUUCAUUUCAGAUAUUGCCAGGAAAAUCGAGCUACUGAACAAUAUGCUUUUCGUAUAUUUCUGGUGGUCGCUGUUGGUCUUUUAUAGUCUUGGGUUCGCCCUAGAGACCAAGGAGGCUGAGCAACAGCCGAGUGAUAACAACGACUGCGUUGACUUCUCAAAAAUGGUCCAGAAAUCAAAGCUGGAGGUGGAUGAAGAAAACUGGAGCUGGCUGAAGGAGGUUGACGGUUGGUGCCACAACGACAUCAAUAGCGAUGUCAACCAAAUGUGCUUAAAUGACCAGCAAGAGGAAUCUUCUAUCAACGAUAAUUUUAAAGAAGAAAAACCAAUGAAGUGCCCAGCAAUGCUAGAUGACCCCAAGAAGAACUACGAGCUUUAUAAAAUCGAGUUAAGCGACAGGUUCCACAAGGUGAUGUCGGGCAGACUGCCCGAGAAUCUGACGGAUAUCGUUUUUGAGUUAAUUCACAAUGACAUGGAGUUUGAGCAAGUGCUGACCGUGCUAGAGCGAAUUCGAGAGGUCCGGAACAAGACGUUGAUGCUAGAGACGGAGGAAGAGGACUUUUGCGAGACUAUGACUAAGCAGAAGUGUCGCCGGGAUAGCAAUCUUUUGGUUCCCCAAAUUCAGGAGUUUUAUGACAUGAUUUUAAAGACGGUGGACGAGGAGCAGAAAGUUCGUGAGAAGAGAGAGAAUUCACUAUGGAUUGUGGCAGAAGACUACACCAAAAGGAUUAACCAGUAUGAGGAUUUGUUGGAGAAUGAAGUUCAUGAUGAGCUUUAAAGCAAGAAACUGGAAGAAGUCCUGAAUAAAUAUUAGUAAUUACUAGAAGUAAUAUGGCGAACCGCAAUCUAAGGAGCGUAUUAAGUCUUUUGAUUUUAUUAAGAUUUUUUUCUUAUACUUUAAAUAAAAGAUGAAUAUGUUACAUCCUUUUUCCUGCAAUAUA